AUGGAUCUCGUACGAGGACUUCUCGAAAAGGUCGGCGUACCCGUGCCCGACACCAAGACGCUCUCGCUCGUGGGUACGCUCAUCUGCAUCGGCCUCACCGCACCGCUGGCGGUCAUGUUCCACUUCUCCGCUCGCCCACGCACGCAGCGCAUCAAGAUAUACCAAGAACGCGUGCUCAUCCUCGGUGCAUCCAACGAGAAGGGGGUGGGCGAAGCGCUUGCUCUCCAAUAUGCUCGUCGUGGAUGUCGCGAUCUCAUCCUCGUCGGACGCAACCAGCAAGGCCUGGAGGCGGUCAAGAAGCGCUGCAUCGAGCAAGCCAUCAAAGGCGAAGAGUACGAUAUGUCGGAUGAAGCUCCCGGUGACGCGGCGAAGCUACUACACGACACGCGCAUCCACUGCAUCCCUGCUGACUGUGCUAAAGCAGAAGACGUUGAACGGCUCAGGAAACAGGUCUCGGCCAAGUUCAAAGGUCUUGAUACACUGCACAUCUGUUUUGGAGUUUCUGCGCUGCUACCCUUGCUCGGAGUGGCAGGGGUAGACCCCGUGCGACCGUCGGGGGAGCACAACGCAACAAAGGUGUACGCAGACAAGUCCGGCCUCGAGGCGGUGCAACAAGCUGUGGCUAGCGCCUCGAACGUCAACGUAGCUGGAACAGCCGUGUGUCUCGCCGCUUUCCUUCCAAUGCUCCAGACCACCUCACCCUUCCCUGCGGUCGUCCUCAUCUCUUCGGCGGCAGCCUUGUUCGCUACUCCGACGCGCUCCGUCUACGCGGCGACCAAGUCGGCCCAGCUCUCGCUCUUCCGAUCCGUCGCAAUCGAGUCCCAAGCACAUGCCGAAGUAGCUCCAGACGCCUUGGGCAAACGUCGUUCGAAGGUACGAUUCCUGUCCAUCUGCCCCGGCACCAUCGCUACGUCCUUCCGCCACUCGGCGGUGGACCUGGACCAGAGCAAGUCCGACCUGCCCGAAGAUCUUGCGUGGGUCAAGGGUGAACGCAUGCUCACUUCAGAAGGCGUCGCGGAAAAGACCAUCUUUGCGGUAGAUCGGUAUACUGAGGGUACUAUCACCCUACCGCCCUUCUACGCGCUUGCGACGUGGAUUGACAAGAUUUUCCCCGGAUUCAUUGCAAAGCAGGCGCGAAAGAAGUAUGCUUAUUGA